CACACUUUCAAUCAACCAAACCAACACACACACAUCAAUCAACAUGUCUCAAUCCAACGUCGGCAGCGCUGGUGUGUACGAGGCCGGUGAUCAACGCAACUCUGAUGUCGAGGAGAUCAGGAAGCUCCAGGAGGAAGAGCGCUUCCACGAGGGAAAGAAGAACUCUCACAACCCCGACGAUCCCAAGGACGAGCGCUCCAUCGCCAACAGACUGGAGCGUGAGGCCAAGCGCAACGAGGACGACUCCGCCGGCAAGGACCUGAGCACCGAGGACAAGCUCGCCCAGAUGGAUGCCACCGCACCGGCCAUCUCUCACGGCAACGAGCCAUCCAAGGGCGCCAAGAUCGACCAGCAGCUCCGUGAAGAGGAGGAGGAGAUCCUCAAGAAGAAGGGCGCCUACAACCCUCAGUAGAGGAUGGGUUCAUUCCACCACUUGUCAUGACAAAAGCGAGCGUACCAGAGCGCGAGGAGUUUGGACACAGUCACAUACAGCAGUCUGUAUUGAGGACGUCGGACAUUUGAAGUGCAUAGAGAGGGCUCGUUCAGUUACAGAGCCGGCGCUCGCCGACGGAAAAUGAAGUGAAUGUUAUGAUUC